AUGACGGAAAAGAAGACGCCAAAGUUUCAGAAGGGACCCAGGUUCUGGGCCAUCAUCGUUGUCCUCUCACUCAUCAGCCUCCUCACAUCUCUAGAAGCCACAGUCACGUCGACGGUUAUGCCAUCGCUUGUUGCCGAUUUGGAUGGGGGCGAAUAUUUCAUCUGGGUGUCUAACGCAUACUUCUUGACCAUGACUUCUCUUAUGCCGAUGUUUGGCCAGCUUGCAAAUGUGUUUGGCCGCCGGUGGCCCCUCAUUAUAUCCGGGGCCCUCUUCAUGAUCGGGAGUGGUGUUUGUGGCGGAGCCACCAACAUGGCUACGAUGAUCGCCGGUCGAGCGAUACAGGGCAUCGGAGGUGCGGGCAUCGGCGUCCUCUGCGAGAUCGUCAUCUGCGACCUGGUGCCGCUCCGCGAGCGAGGAACCUACAUGGGCGCCGUGUUCGGCAUGGUCGGCAUCGGAGCCGCCCUCGGCCCUCUCUUUGGUGGACUGAUCGUUAGCUACAGCACCUGGCGCUGGGCUUUCUAUAUGGCUCUGCCCAUUGGCGGUGUUGGGCUUGUGCUGCUGGUUGCCUUCUUGCAAGUCAAGUAUGAUAAAUCCCAGACGUGGGCCACCAAGUUUUCAAGCCUCGACUGGCUGGGCAACAUGCUCUUCAUGGGCGGCACCGUCCCGGUGCUGAUUGCCCUUGGCUGGUCAGGAGGGAAAUACCCGUGGUCAUCUUACCAAGUCCUUGUGCCGCUCCUUGUCGGUCUGGCCACGAUGGGCGUCUUCAUCGUGCUUGAAGGCAAUGCCCGACUUACGCCAAAUCCCAUCAUGCCCCUCCACCUCUUCGCCAAUUCCACGACCCCCAUCGUCUUCCUCCUCACCUUUCUCCACGGCACCGUCACUAUGUGGGUCCUCUACUUCCUCCCCGUCUACUUCCAAGGCGUUCUCGCCGUAGAUGGCUUCCACGCCGGCAUCUAUCUUCUCCCCACCAUCCUCGCACUCCUCCCGGGCGCCAUCCUCGGUGGGCUGCUACUCAGCAAGUUCGGCCGCUACAAGCCCAUACUCGUCUUUUGUUUUGCCUUGAUCGUCGCCGGCUUUGGCGUCUUCACGCUCCUUGACGAGAAUUCGAGCACGGGCGCAUGGGUGGGUUUCCAGGUGCUCGAGUCCUUCGGCGCGGGCUUUGGCAUGGCGGCCCUGCUCCCGGCGCUGCUGGCCCCGCUGACAGACAAGGACACGGCGCUGGCGACGGCUACGUGGGGCUUCAUGCGUAGCUUCGGCGUCAUGUGGGGCGUUGCCGUCGCCGGCACCGUUUACGCCAACCGGGCCGCGCAGCUGGCCGGCUCGGGCGCCAUCAGCGACGCAGCCGUGGCCGCCGAGUUCAUGGCGGGCGGGGCAUACGGGGCCGCUGACGUCGACUUUCUUGACUCGCUCUCGGCACAGACGCGUGCUCAGGUCAUUUCUGUGCAGAGCACCGCACUGCAGCGGUCCUGGCAGGUGGCCAUUGCCUUUGGCGCGGUGGGGUUCAUGGCUGCUGCUAUCAUGAAGCAGGUACCGCUCAGAAAGGAGAACGACACUGACUUUGGUAUGGUGGAGAAGAAGGACAAGCCUACCGAGGAGGAGGCAGGUAACAUGCAGUAG